AUGUGGAAAGUUCUAGACGAAAGAAAAGAAAAGCUUAUUAAAGAACAAGAUGAACUGAUUGAGACAAUUUAUCCAACUUACCAGGAAAUUGCCAGUGACAUACAAAAGAGGAUGACUGAAAUAGAAAAAGACUAUGGGGAUCUCUCUGCAGCAUUAAAAUCUUUACAAGAACAACUGGAUGAAGUAAACAAGAAAAAACUUGAAAUCAAAGACGAAAUCAAUUCAAUUGACAUUGCUGUCGAUUCUAAUGACAUUUCCAAAAUAUUUAGAGACACAUUCAUUGUAGACAAUUAUAGACAUCUACCACAGAAAAUCGUGUUCUUCUUAUCCACAUUUACACCAGGAGAAAUUCAAGAAAAAGAACUUACUAAGCUGUUUGGGGCUCUAUCACCAAUUUCUCCAUCUAAUGAAAAGAAACACUACAGCAUGAAGACACAAAAACAGUCACUAGAAGCUGGAUCCUCUCCUCCAGUCAAACAGCUGCUUGUUGAACCAGAGACUAUCACCACCAUAGACACUGGGUCACUAGAAGCUGGAUCCUCUCCUCCAGUCAAACAGCUGCUUGAUGAACCAGAGACUGUCAACACUAUAGACACUGGGUAUAAAUAUUACCUUUAUAAUGUUGCCUGUCUGAGUGAAAAAGAAAUCUGGACAGCUGGAGAAGACAUCAUGAAACUCUUCAGCAUCAAACAGGGAUCACUUCUUAAGUCGAUUAGGACCAAGUCAGGGUAUAUGAUCAUGCACAUAGCCGUGACAGAAGCUGGAGAUCUAGUCUAUACUGAUUAUGAUUACGGAACUGUGAACAUUGUGAAGAAUGAAAAUAUAGAGGAAGUCAUCAGACUUGAGAAGUGGAAACCUUACGGUGUCUGCAGCAGCUCAUCUGGUGAUCUCCUGGUUGUCAUGGACAGUGAGGAUUAUACACAAUCAAAAGUUAUCCGUUACUCUGGCUCCACAGUAAAACAAACCAUUCAGUUUGAUGAAGAAGGAAAUUCUCUCUUUUCAUCUAAUGAUCGUGAAAUUAAACACAUUUGUGAGAACAAGAACCUGGAUAUUUGUGUGUCUGACAGUGAUGCUGGGGUAGUAGUGGUGGUCAAUCAGGUAGGGCAACUGAGAUUUAAGUACAUUGGAAAUACUUCUGUUGCGAAGAAAAAUCCCUUCAAACCUCAAGGAAUCACCACAGACAGUCAGAGUCACAUCCUUACAGCUGACUUCAUUAAUGACUGUAUCCACAUCAUAGACCAGGGUGGAAAGUUCCUUCGUUUUAUAAAAUGUGGACUAAGUAGACAACGGGGACUGUGUACUGAUAAAAAUGACAAUCUGUUUGUUGCACAAGAUAGAAACAGACAAGUGAAGAAAAUCAAAUAUCAACAGUGA